UCCUUCAUUAUAAAUUCCAUUAUUUGCCAUCUAUUUUUUCUGAUGUCGAAGGAAAAAGCUCAGACCUAGAAACCAUCCAUAUUCGAUCUCCGCACUCUUCCCCAACCUCAUCUCUCCCCUAUUCACUCAUCUUUUUCCCUUACUCUAACCCUAAUAUCCACACUCCAUCACCAGAUCUGCUCCCUACUUACUCCCCACACUGUUUACUUUCUUCUCUUUUGUAUUCUGCGAAGGUCCGCUCCUCACUCUAGGUUGAAAAUUUUAUAGAUUGAAGUUUCAAAUCGUUCUCUGACUUUUUUGACUCUCAAUACAGAGCAAGGACUGUUCAUGACAUUUUAAUGCUCAUGCAAUGUCGGGUCUACUAAAUUCCUCUUUGAAUGGAUCAACAACAAAUCUUCAAGAUAGCACUGGACGAUCUUUUGCAACAUCUUUCUCGAGUCAGUCUGGUGCUGGAUCCCCUGGUUUUCAUCACACUGGAAAUAUGCCGGGGCUACAUAACAUCCAUGGCAGCUUUAAUGUUCCUACCAUGCCAGGUGCACUAACAUCAAGAAAUUCAACAAUGAAUAAUGUUCCUUCUGGUGGGGUUCAACAACCUACUGGAAGUCUCUCUAGUGGACGAUUUACAUCAAAUAGUCUUCCUGGUGGUAUCCCUCAGUUACAACACGGUAGCUCUCAUGGUCAUUCAGGGGUCUCAAAUAGAGGAGGUAUAAGUGUUGUAAACCCUGGAUUCAGUAGUAGCACAAAUGGAGUUGGUGGUUCUAUUCCGGGCAUUCUCCCGACCUCUGCUGCAAUUGGUAAUCGGAAUGCUGUUCAACAAUUGGGUGUAUCACCAAUUUUAGGAAAUGCAGGAUCUCGGAUUUCUAGUUCUAUGGGGAACAUGGUUGGUGGGGGAAACAUUGGAAGAAGUAUUAGCUCUGGUGGAGGGAUAUCGGUUCCUGGUCUUGCUUCUCGACUUAAUCUAGGUGCUAAUAGUGGAUCUGGAAGUCUAAGUGUACAAGGCCAAAGUAGAUUGAUGAGCGGUGUUCUUCCACAAGGUUCAGGAUCUCCCCAGGUGAUUUCUAUGCUAGGAAAUUCUUAUCCAAGUGCUGGAGGCCCACUUUCACAAAGUCAUGUCCAAGUCAAUAAUCUAAGCUCAAUGGGGAUGUUGAAUGAUGUCAAUUCAAAUGACAGUUCACCUUUUGACUUAAAUGACUUUCCCCAGUUGACAAGUCGUCCUAGUUCUGCAGGAGGACCGCAAGGACAGCUGGGUUCAUUACGAAAACAAGGUCUUGGUGUUAGUCCUAUUGUUCAACAAAAUCAAGAGUUCAGCAUCCAAAAUGAAGAUUUCCCUGCUUUACCAGGAUUUAAAGGUGGUAGUGCUGAUUAUCCAAUGGAGAUGCACCAGAAAGACCAACUUCACGACAACCCAAUGUCCAUGAUGCAAUCUCAGCAUUUUCCUAUGGGGAGGUCUUCUGGAUUCAAUCUUGGUGGAACGUAUUCAUCUCAUCGUCCUCAGCAGCAACAGCAACACGCUCCAUCAGUUAGUAGUAGUGGUGUCUCCUUCACACCUGGAAACAAUCAGGAUCUUCUGCAUCUACACGGCUCGGAUAUGUUUCCUUCACAUUCAACCUAUCAUUCCCAGAGUAGCGGUCCUCCUGGUAUUGGAUUAAGGCCUUUGAACUCCCCAAGCUCUGUUUCGGGCAUGGGAUCUGGCAUGGGAUCUUAUGACCAACUUAUCCAGCAGUAUCAGCAACACCAGAACCAGUCACAGUUUCGACUCCAACAAAUGUCAGCUGUUAAUCAGUCAUUUAAGGAUCAGGGAUUAAAAUCCAUGCAAGCAGCUCAGUCUGCACCAGAUCGAUAUGGUUUGCUUGGUUUGUUAAGUGUGAUUAGGAUGAGUGAUCCUGAUCUAACGUCACUUGCCCUUGGAAUUGAUUUGACGACAUUAGGUUUAAAUUUGAAUUCAACGGAAAAUCUUCACAAAACUUUUGGUUCUCCUUGGUCAGACGAGCCAGCUAAGGGUGAUCCAGAAUUCAACGUGCCACAAUGUUACUAUGCUAAACAACCACCUUCUUUACAUCAAGGAUACUUUGCAAAGUUCACAGUAGAAACUUUAUUCUAUAUCUUUUACAGUAUGCCUAAGGAUGAAGCCCAAUUAUAUGCUGCUAAUGAACUUUAUAACAGAGGCUGGUUUUAUCACAAGGAACACCGUUUGUGGUUCAUUAGAGUCCCCAACAUGGAGCCACUUGUCAAAACAAACACCUACGAGAGAGGAUCCUAUCAUUGUUUUGAUCCGAACACAUUUGAAACUGCCCGAAAGGAUAAUUUCGUGCUUCAUUAUGAGAUGUUGGAAAAAAGACCGGUUGUACCUCAACAUUAACAGAUGCUCCGUGUUUUGUAAAGUUUCAUUGUAUCUGUAGUUGAUACUAUACUAAUAAUUAGAAACUCAGUUCGAUGCUUUGAUAUCUUCUUUCAUUUUCACAAGUUGUAAUCAAAAGUAUUGUUGUUAUUUUUUUUGCAAUUAUUUAGCUGUGUAGCUUCAUCUA